CCACUCAGUUCUCAUUCGGCGCUCUGUUGUCAUCGAUGUUGUCUCGCGAAAAGUGCAGCUCUCGUUUGCUUUUCGUGUCUCGCGUUUCUGCAUUUACACGGUUUUUCCUCGCAGCUGAGGAAAAAUCGAAAGAAAAUCUAUUUCACGCAAGCCCAGCUGAAAAUAUAAACAAAUGUUCCUGUUGCAGUAAGUGAUUUAAAAAAAUAAUAAAAUAAAACUGCAAAACCAAGCAGGGCCAAAAAUAAGCUAAAGAGCGGCGGCGAGAAGUCAAAAAGCAAAAAAAGCAAAAAAAAAAAGCUGAAAAGCCGGGAGCAACGUAUUGAAGACGCAAUUUCUGAAUAAUUUAAUCGAGCGUUCACACGGCGCCAGCUGUGAAAAUAAAGAGAGAGUGCUGAAGAGUUAAUUGAAUCGGCAGAGGCGCAGCGCACGCUGAUAAGAACCGGGUAUGUUUGCCAGCACCGUCGAGACGGGCGUCAUGGAGGUCGGCGGCACCAGUGCCACCAGCAGCAGCAACACCAGCAACAAUGGCGGCAGCGGCAGCGGCGGUGGCAACAGCAACAGUGGCGGCGCAGGCGGCAGCAUCGAGCUGCUGUGCCCGCCCAGCGGCAGCAGCAGCAUCAGCGGCAGCGCCAGUUUCAGCAGCAACAGCGGUGCCAGCGGCAGCAGCAGCCAAACGCACAGCACGGCCAUCAGCAGUGCCACAGAUCGCAGCAACAACAAUGGCAACAGCAAUCACAAUCCGAGCUUACAACUGAAUGGUAACGGGGGCAGCAACACGAGGCAACACAGCAGCAGCAGCAGCAGCGGCAGCAACAGCAGCAGCAACAUGAGCCCUCCCCCCAGCAGCAGCAACAACAAUAAUCACAGCAGCAACAUCAUUAGCGGCUUCUGCAGCACCAUUUGGCGUUCGGCCACAUUUGGCAGUGCCACGCCCGUGAUUAACCCAUUACCAGCCGUACACAUUAACCCCAAGAGCAUGGAGAGCAGCAGCGACAGUUGCUCAUUGAGCUCCUCGACCACGCCGGAUGUUUGCCUGGCUGAUCAGCAAAGGAACAUGGCCAGCGGCGCUCAAGAACAGACAGAGGAUCAGUCCCAAACAUUCCUAGGCGCCACCGAACUGGACGAUGAGUUAAUCAAACAACUGCCAAAGGAGGUACUGCUGCGCGUCUUCUCCUACCUGGAUGUUGUUUCACUAUGCCGCUGUGCACAGGUAUGCAAAUAUUGGAACGUGCUGGCCCUCGACGGUUCCAGCUGGCAGAAAAUCAAUCUAUUCGACUUUCAACGUGAUAUCGAGGGUCCAGUGAUUGAGAAUAUAUCGCAGCGAUGUCGCGGUUUUCUCAAGUCACUGUCGCUGCGUGGCUGCCAGUCGGUGGGAGAUCAGUCCGUAAGAACUCUAGCGAACCACUGCCACAAUAUCGAGCACUUAGAUCUGUCGGAUUGCAAGAAGAUAACCGAUAUAUCCACACAGUCCAUCAGCAGGUAUUGCUCCAAGCUAACGGCCAUUAAUUUGCACUCGUGCUCCAACAUAACAGACAACAGCUUGAAGUAUUUAUCCGAUGGCUGUCCAAACCUCAUGGAGAUCAACGUGUCCUGGUGCCAUUUGAUCUCCGAGAACGGUGUGGAGGCGCUGGCUCGUGGCUGCGUCAAGCUGCGCAAAUUCAGCAGUAAAGGUUGUAAACAAAUAAACGACAAUGCCAUAAUGUGCCUGGCCAAAUACUGUCCCGAUUUAAUGGUGCUAAAUCUACACAGCUGCGAGACCAUAACCGAUUCAUCGAUCCGCCAACUGGCCGCCAAUUGCCACAAGCUGCAGAAGUUGUGCGUGUCCAAGUGCGCGGACCUCACCGAUCUCACUCUGUUGUCCCUCUCGCAGCACAAUCAGCUACUGAACACCCUGGAGGUGUCUGGGUGUCGCAACUUCACGGACAUUGGCUUCCAGGCGCUGGGGCGCAACUGCAAGUAUCUGGAGCGCAUGGACUUGGAGGAGUGCAGUCAGAUCACAGACCUUACGUUGGCUCAUCUUGCCACUGGCUGCCCCAGCUUAGAGAAAUUGACCCUUUCGCAUUGUGAGCUGAUUACGGACGAUGGCAUUCGACACCUCACCACUGGCAGCUGUGCUGCGGAAAUUCUGUCCGUGCUGGAGCUAGACAACUGCCCGCUGAUAACCGAUCGCACGCUAGAGCAUUUGGUGUCCUGCCACAAUCUGCAGCGCAUCGAGUUAUUCGACUGUCAGCUUAUCACCCGCACCGCCAUACGCAAGCUGAAGAACCAUCUACCAAAUAUCAAGGUGCACGCCUAUUUUGCCCCCGGAACGCCGCCGGCUGUGACCAGCGGCCACCGACCACGCUAUUGCCGCUGCUGUGAGAUUCUCUGAGAUACGGCCAUCGGCUUCGCCAGAAAGAUAAUGCGAAAGACAGCCACGGACUGAUGCUGGCCCGUGUGCAUCGUCAUGUUCGCCAUGGUGUUCAGCCUGACCCUCGUCUCGAUGAUCUGCAUGUACUUGCUGGGCCUGCUCGACGCGGCGAUGACCACAUAGCCACCAGAUUCAGAUUGAGAUCCGACCCAGCAGAAGCAGCAUAGCCAACAGCAGCAGCGGCUUCAUCGAAACCGAAACCUAACCCUAGUUUUAAUUUAAAGCGAGUUUCAAAAACUCGCAGAAACCAGCAUCAAAUUGUGAUUAUUUUAUUUAAUAUGCUACGUUAACUACUAGACCCUCACUUGUGUAAACUGUAUUAGCACCCACACUCUAUGUUUGUUAUUAACUGCAGCCCGAUGAAUUGCUAGCUUAUAUAGAUCUGUAUAUAUAUACAUAUAUGUAGUCGAUCCACGGCAGUUUCAGAUGGUACCGCUGAAUGUUCUGUGUCUAGCCUAAAAACUGCAAUUAUGUGCGUUUAGUUUUAACUCUCAUACACGCAUGCCUGUAUUAAAUGUUUGCUAAAUUAUGACUAAAUUAUAAAUCCAUCUGAGGCAUGCUUCGGAUUUUAUCUCUCACUGGUCCCAAAAACGAAAGAAAAAAGAAAAUACAGGAGUUUUCCAAAUUCCGUAACAUGUCGAUAGAACCACAAAGCGUUCAAAACACUUACUAUCCGAGAUACUAUUAAUUUCACUUUUAGUCCACUCAAGUCUAGUGCCAGCUAAACUGUUCAGCAAUUAGCAUUAUCUAUGUAUAGCCAUGUAUAUUACACAACGAACAAACGACUCACACUGGAUCAUCUUUCCCAAAAAAACACAUCAAUAAUCCAAUAAAUCUGUACAUACACCUUUUGGGUUCACACAGAUAUUUAUACAGACUAUUUUGUAACGUAUUAUCUAAUGAAAAAUGUAUAAAGGGCCACGAAAGUUAUCGUUGAGCGAUAAGCUCACAUUCGGUCCAACACCACUAAGUAGAUAAUAUAGGAUUUUUCACCACUGAAAGGUUUCCCCUGUCCAGAAGAACUAUAUCCAAUCCUCGAGAGAUCAAACCGAUCCCAAGUUGUGAGCUGGGGAAUUGAAUAAACAAUGUCGUGACGAACGCCCCUAACCCAUCACACCCACAGCAAUCCCCUCGACACAUACAGAUAAGCACAAUAAAACGCAAAACGAUACCAGAUGAGAUAUUUUCCUGAUUCUCUUUAUUCUGUCUUAAUGUUAAGCUAAGCAAAUGGUGUCAUACAAACAUAUACCUACCAUAUAUUUUCCUAGAAAGAAAAACCAAAAAGAAGUCAAAAUCAUAUUUACACAAAAAUACAUAAAAAAAAUGCAAAAAGAUAAAACAAGAGUUGUAAGUUGCGUAUUUUAACGGAUCUUUCUGUCUGUCUCUUGUAGUGCGUUUCAACUUUGUGUUAAAACUGUUUAACAAGAAAAGAACUAAAGAAUCACAACUGAUAUGUAUUAAUUAGACUUAGAGUUGAACAAAGAACACAAAAAAUAAAUAUAUAUAUUUGGAAAAUUGCCGUAAAGUGCAAUCGAGUUCCGUACCACGCAAGAAAAAACUUUUGGUUCAAUAAAAUUUACAUCUAAAAGGAGAA